CUGAAAAACACAGAAAAAUUCAAGCACUUUGUAUUAAACGGCAGACGGAAACAGAACAGUGAAACAAGCGUCGCGAGUGGUCCGGUGUCACACAUAUUUCUUGUGACUUUUCACGUUUGUUGCAAUUCGGGAGUAAAAUUUUGUAUGACAAAAUUAUCCAGCAGAUUAUUAGUUAAAACCCAGUGACAUUCGUAUUUUGAAAUUCGCGACGAUUUCAAGGAUGUGAUUAGAUUCGUGAUACGUUGCAACAAGGACCAUACCUCUUCUCUAAGCGAUGUUGUAGGAAAAGACGUCGCAACUUUACGGUGCAACACAAUUCACUUCCUCUCAGAUGGCGUGGCUGGUUGUGUUCCAUAGUCUACUCGAGUAAAGUUCCACUAAGAUCGGUGCUUGACAGUUCAUUCUCGACCACAUUCUUAGAGAUAGCUAUACAUUUUUGUGAUAUCUUGUAUAUCCGUAAUACGAAUAAGUGCAUUAAAAAAUUUGUAGCCCCGGCGACAAGUUAAAUAAAAUUAAAGGAAGCCCAGUAUAGCGUUUUAUUGAAUAUAACGUAACGUAACAAUUAGGAAUGCUAGUUUGAGCUAUAUACUUUGAAAUAGAUUUGAAGCUCUUUUAUAGCUUCAUCAUAAAACAAGGUGAACAGUUAUUUUAAUUGAUUUGUCUGUGGCAAGUAGUGGUUCUCUCUACUCGAAGGUGUCCCUGUGGUAUAACAAAUGUCGAAAAAUAAAUUAAAUCUUACAUUGCCACCUGGUUCAAUUGAACCAGUACCGGCAGUAUCACCUUCACCACCAGUUCCACCUUUACCAGUAUAUGCAGAACCACCUGUGAUUCCGGAUGGAGUAAUGGGAAAGAUGAGUAUAGAUGCUAUACAAGAAAGAUUGGAAGAGUUGGAGAUGGAUGAAGAGCAGAGAAAGAGAUUAGAAAGUUUUUUGGGACAGAAAGAAAAAGUUGGUGAAUUGUGCAAUGAAGAUUUUGAAAAACUUGGGGAAUUGGGUGCUGGUAAUGGUGGUGUUGUUAUGAAAGUCAGACACAAAAAGUAUGGGCUUAUUAUGGCGCGCAAGCUGAUUCAUUUGGAAGUUAAGCCCGCAAUCAAGAAACAAAUUAUAAGAGAAUUAAAAGUUCUUCACGAAUGUAAUUUUGCACAUAUUGUUGGAUUUUAUGGUGCUUUUUAUAGUGACGGUGAGAUCAGCAUAUGUAUGGAAUAUAUGGAUGGUGGAUCGCUUGAUCUUAUAUUGAAAAAGGCUGGAAGGAUACCGGAAUCGAUUUUGGGAACCAUCACUGCCGCGGUUCUGAAGGGCUUGAGUUACCUGCGCGACAAGCACGCGAUAAUGCAUCGUGACGUAAAACCUAGUAACAUCCUGGUAAACAGUGCUGGUGAAAUAAAAAUCUGUGACUUUGGUGUUUCUGGUCAAUUGAUUGAUUCCAUGGCAAAUUCCUUCGUCGGUACCAGAAGCUACAUGUCGCCGGAGAGACUGCAAGGUACUCAUUAUUCAGUACAGAGUGACAUCUGGUCCUUAGGGCUGUCGCUAGUAGAAAUGGCUAUAGGAAUGUAUCCAAUUCCGCCACCUGAUGCAAAAACCCUGGCGUCGAUAUUCGGAUCGCAAUCUGGACAAUCUCCGGCAGAGAGUACUGCCACGAACAGUGUAUCCACACCAACUUCACAGUCGCCGGCUCAUAACGCAAGCAGCCCACGACCAAUGGCGAUUUUCGAGUUGCUAGAUUACAUAGUGAACGAACCACCCCCUAAGCUGCCUGCUGGAAUUUUCAGUAAUUCCUUCACAGACUUCGUGGAUCGUUGUCUGAAAAAGAAUCCAGCCGAAAGGGCGGAUUUAAAGACUCUUAUGAAUCACGAGUGGAUUAAGAAAGCUGAGCUGGAGAAUGUGGAUAUUGCUGGAUGGGUAUGUCGCACUAUGGAUUUGCAGCCGACAACACCGACACGUUUGGCGAACGUACAGUCCUGAAUAAAUGUCACUCUUACAUACUUGACUACGUACAUCCGCGUUCAGUACUCCUAAGUCAUUCUUGAUUUACCAUUUUUCUCUCGUUUCUAUUAAUUUCGGCUUUUGUUAUCAUCAAUGUUUAACAUUGAUUACGACAGUGGCGUUUUUCACUUUGUGUAUCUCUAAAGCAUUAACUUUUCUUUAUUCGCCUCUACCGCUUCCAUUAUUUCCAAAAUUUAAGCUCUCAUAUCUGCGUAAAAUCAUGUGUACUCGUGGUCAUUCCAAUGACAGGUGUCCAGUCCGGUAUCCACGGUGGCGCCGUCUACAGGGAUGGCGGUUAAGACUUGCAAAUUAUUCACCUCGCGAAUUUGAGCUCAUGAAAAAUAUACGUGUUAAUCCAUCUUGACUGGGACUUGCACUUGGAGUUGAGCCGUAAAUACAAAUACAAGUACUAUUUAUAAUGUCACGUGGCAAACAAAGCAUUACGAUUGAUAGUACGUGCGAUAUAUUUGAAAAUGAAGAUACAUAGAAAAAUUCCAAUGCAUAUUUAUCCACGUCACGAUUAACGAGUGACAUGAUAAUGAUUUAAACAAACGCAGUACGCCACUGUGCUUGAACAUAUAUUUUCUUAAUACCCUUAAUUCUUUAGCUUAUUUUCGAUUCGCUUUAGUUCCCUUUCAAAAAGAAGUAUGUAAGAUAAACAGUUUUAGUAUAGGUUUAGCAUAGUUACAAAACUCACUAGUGAAAAGAAGUGUUGUGUACUCCGUGACGAGGAGUUUAGAAUACUUGGCGAAUUACGGAAGAGCGAAUUAUAUCGAGGAUGAAAGAAAGGCGAAUGGAUGAGUAAGGAGGAAUAAAGGGAGGGGUUUAAAAGCCUGUACAUGAAAUUACAUAGAGAUAAUUCGAUGAAAAUAUUUGAAUGGAGAUGUUAUAUGUAUUAUUAAGAUUUGUACCUGAAAGCUGUAGAUUGUUAAUUCCAUCAGCGAGCAAACAUUGAGCCAUCGUCAUUUCGAAUUUGGUAUUGGUGCUUCUUCACGUUAUUCUUUCUCUUUUAUUUUUUUUUAAUACAUAAAUAUAUACAACACGUAUUUGAUGAACCAGUUUGUCGAUAGACCAAUUGAAACACCCUUAGAAACAGUUGCACGUAUUUCUAUCAAAUUUUUAUUUGUAAUUCUCAAGCGUUUUUUCAGUCUUGUAAAGAGAAGCAGAGUCACUUGUAUUAUCAGUCGCCAAUUACGAGUACCUCAAGAAAGUUCAAUUUGAGAGCAACGAUCGCGCUAAUCGAAUGAUAACGAAGGAUCCUGCGAAAUAGCGAUUACGAAUAUGACGGAAGUGCUUUUUCUUUGCGAAUAUAGCAACUAGGAACGAUCUUUGGUUUUGUGUGUGUAUUCCGUAUGCAGUAGCUACUUAACGAAUCCCAGCUGCGCAUUAUAAACAUUGUAACAAAUAAAUAGACAAACGAUUAUAAUAGAUAGUUAAAGUAAAAUCGCAUAUAAGUGAUUGGUGGGAUAACUCAGCAGUUUUUAAAGGAACGUAAGAGAUCAGCGAACAGAUCAUAUUAGAAAACUAUAUUAUAAUGGAAAACACUAUGUAUUAACGCUAUGGCUCUCAAGUACAGAAAUAUCGUCAUUCUUUUUCAACUUAAACAUAGAUCGGUCAUACUUGUCUACUCGAUAUCGAUUCUACAAACACUCUUUAUGUGUCGAUGUUGAUUGGUGGAUAUUCGCCUAAUUUAUAUAUAUAUAUAUAUAAUACGUUCUUUCAUCGUACAUAGAACAAAAUCGCAACGUGUAGACAUUUAAUAUCUUUAGCCACUUCCGGUUUGGCUUAAAACGUUAUCGGAGUUUAUUGAGAAUGCAAAGUGCAAUGUGAUGUUCGCAAUGUGCAGUGAGAGUGAGAAUGAGAGAUUGUGUGUAUGCGAGGGAAAGAGAGAGAGCGAGAGAGAGAGAGAGAAAAAGAGGGAAAGAGAAUGAGAGAAAGGAUGAAGAAUAAAUAAAGUGUGCACUAGCCUGCCUAAGCGUUAAACGCCCAAGAACUGAUCUUUUCGUAUUUCAUUUAGAAAAUUGGAGUAAUGCACUGAUAAUGUAAUUACUUAUUUUGCUCUUCGUUUAUGAGAAAAGGAUUUAAGAGAAAAAAAACCAGUAUGCGUUUAGCGCUAUGCUCGAUAUAUGCAGAUAAUACAUGUGUCCAGAAUAAAGGCAUUUAUGCGAAACGUGUGAUUUCGUUUCCAGUGCUGUUUAUCCCUGAGAUAUAUUGAUCGAGCGAUCGAUCUUUUAGCACUUAUGAAAUUGUAUGCACAUUCCUGGCCGUGCGAAGUUGUGCAUAAUACUUGUAGUUUUAAUGAUAUUCUAAUAUUAUCUAUAUGUUAUAAAAAUAAAAUGCUAAUUAUACGGUCA